UGUUUUUAGUUGCUGGGUGAUAAUGUUGCGCAAAUGGCGACAGCGUCUUUUCCCUCAGUCUGAGGAAAGUUGUUGGUCGCCGGCUGCCAUGUGAUCUGUCUGCCGAACCCCAGCCAGAAUGUCAACCGUCAUUUGUAGCCUCCUUCUCGGUAAGCGACACCCCCUCUGUCCUCUCCCUGGUCCCGUCCAACUGAACCACAACACGUCAACUCUUAUUGCCCCGGUGGUCUUCCCCUCCUCUUAAAUUAAAUUCAGCCCGAGUUGUUCGCAGAGUUAACCGGCGAACAGGGACUUUCAGCACAGAGCACCAUGCGCUCCUUGACGGGACUAGCUGCCAUUGUGGGGGCGGCAAGCGUUUACCUCUACCUGCUUUCGACUCAUCUUCCCCCGGGACCGAAGCAGCUCCAGCCGGACGCCGAGGGGGAGGACGAGGGGGUCCAGGAGUACAGGCUGAAGUUCCCUUCGGACCUGGAUGAGCUGCGGGAGCUCGCAGACACGCUCAGAUUUUAUAAAAGAGAACAUCAUGGAUAUGUUCUGCUGCUGUUCUGUAGUGCCUACCUGUACAAGCAGUCUUUCGCCAUACCUGGCUCCUCCUUCCUGAACAUGUUAGCCGGUGCGAUAUUUGGGCCCUGGGAGGGUCUGGUUUUGGCCUGCAUGCUCACCACCUCGGGCUCCACGUUCUGCUUCCUGCUCUCCUCUGCCUUUGGAAAGCAGUAUGUGGUUCAGUUCUUCCCUGAGAAGGUGGCCCUGCUGCAGAGGAAGGUGGAGGAAAACCGUAGCAGUUUAUUCUUCUUCCUUCUUUUCCUCCGUUUCUUCCCUAUGACUCCUAACUGGUUCCUUAACAUCACUUGUCCUGUCCUCAACAUCCCUAUGCCUGUUUUCUUCUUCUCUGUGCUCAUCGGUUUGAUUCCCUACAACUUCAUCUGUGUGCGUACGGGCUCCAUACUCUCAGAGAUCUCCUCUCUGGACGACAUCUUCUCCUGGAGCACGCUGGCCCAGCUCCUGGCCAUCGCCCUCAUGGCUCUCGUACCUGGAGCACUGAUCAAACACUACAGCAAAGAUCACCUCAAGGUGGAUGGCAUGGACAGCAACGGAACCAGUCAGGCUGAAAUCCGCCGUGACCGGAAGAGACGGUGAUUCUGGGAUAAAGGAGGACCUAAAUGGAACUUUGUGUCAGAGGAAGUAAGGUGGGAAAAACCCACUCACUUUUCUCCACUUCAGCGUCAUGAAGGUCACACCAGAGGAUUACCACAGGCGUAGUAAUCAUAGAAUGAUCUGUUCAAGUUUAGAAAUGUCCUCAGGUCAUGUUACAUCAGACUUUAAGGUUACAGUUUCCCAAAGGUCCUUCACUGAUAAUAAACACAGCAAACUUUUCAGGGGAGUCUUCUCAGAUAGGCCCUAAAUAUCCUUAGAUUAACAAAGUCUUAAAAGUUACUGAGGUUGAGCGAUUGUUCUUGAGAGGGUUCAGUAGUUCAUGACCUGGGGAGAGUAAUGUACUGUCACCUUGAUUAUCUUGAUAUUUAGAUCGUUAUUUAGGAAAAGAAGCUUUUAAUAUUUAAGACACCAAAGAAUGAGCUCAAAAUAUGACAAUUUAUUUAUUUUUUAUUUAUCCAAACUGGAUUUUUAAUUUCAGUCUUUAGCUGAGAUAUUCUCCCUCCUACAGGACAUAAUGAAGCCUUUGAAGUCCCCUCACCGUGGCCUGUUCUGAUCUGUGGUGUAACAAAAAGUACACCUCUGCCAUCGGAGUGAUCUGUUUUUUUAUACUUAAAAUGGUCAGACAUGACAGUAACAAAGAUGUUAGCGUUCAGCAUUUGUUUCUCAGUCCACUACAGAUUUCUGACCUUGUGCCAAGUUACCACAUACAGCUUUAAAAGUAAUUUGCUUGCUGUAAUAAAUAUACACUGUAGAGCUGCACAGGAAGCCCCACUUGACCCUGCUGUGGAAAUCUGUUCUGGCUUAAACAUACUGGGUUUCCUCACAGACUGUGGUCCCUUGCUAUUCCUUCUUUAGUGCUGAUAGUUAACUAGGUAGGCAAUAAUAAUUUCUACUCCUCACAUAUGUUUACUCAGUAUGUCACCUUGCAGCCAUGCAUUUCCAGAAACUUCAGUGGAAAAACUGUUGUGUUUUAGGAUAUUUUGAACUCUAAAUAUCUCAAGAUUGAGGGUUCCUCUGUCUUUUUCCAGAGCACUUACUUUUGUGUCUUAAUGUAGCUGUGACUGAAAUCACAGAUGGGUUUUACAGAACAGUUGUGAUCUUCUCAUGAUGGUUUCCAUGGGACAGGGAAAGUGCCAAAGUUCAGACUACUGCGUCAUAGGUUUCAACAAAGUUAUUCUUUAAUAGUAUUUAAUUUGCAGUCAUGAGAAGAUCACAUUUUGUUCCUCUGAAUAUGAGACUGGUGAUGCACUUUGUGUUUGUUGCUAUCAGUGUAACUGAUUUACUGCUUAUGUUUGACAGAUUGGAAUUGUAUUAUUUAUUUUUAGGCCAGUAUUUUUCAGGGCAGAGAGUCUGUAGAAAAUAGUCUUAAAUUGUAGCUUCUUAUCAAAAAACAUAAGGGGCAACUUAUGAGUUUCCUCUAAAUUUAGGUGCAGAUCUGUCACAGAGAGGGGCAGUUUUAAUUUUGGAUAUAAAAUGUCAUACUGUAUCCAGACAGUGUAGUGAAAUUUGGGACAUUCAAAGGCAUGGAGGGCUGUCACAUCGCUCUGUGAUCUUGGUGGUUCCACUGAUUUGUGAAUGUGGAAAAGACCUUAAGUGCCAAAUAUACUGUGUGUAUGUGCUCUAAACUCUUUGACAGCUAAGUAAAAUAAAUCCUAGAGGUUUUUCAUGAGCAUUUUCUUUACUUGCCACUGUUUUCAUAAACUUAUGAAUACAGUGGAAAGUUUAAAAAAAAAAAAAGUUUUUUGUUCAAAAUGUUGCUUUCAGUUUUAAAGGGCUUUGUGUGGGUCUCAGGAUGGGAGAUUUUUGUUCUCCUUUUCUUUGACCAAAAUCAGUUACAGAGAAAAACUACUCCCGUCUGCUCAGGGGAGACAAAAUCUGUAAAAAACAUUUUUUAAUCCAACAUGCUGUGCAUAAUGCAGGUUUUUCGUGAACUACGUAAAAAUACAAUAAAAUCUCUGAAGUCUG